AUGAAACAAGGUGUUUUGUUGCCAACCAGAAUCAAGUUGUUGUUGACCAAGAACGUUUCUUGUUACAGACCAAGACGUGAUGGUGAAAGAAAGAGAAAGUCCGUCAGAGGUGCCAUUGUUGGCCCAGAUUUGGCUGUUUUGGCUUUGGUCAUUAUCAAGAAGGGUGAGCAAGAAUUGGAAGGUCUAACUGACACCACUGUUCCAAAAAGAUUAGGUCCAAAGAGAGCUAACAACAUCAGAAAGUUCUUCGGUUUGUCCAAGGAAGAUGAUGUUCGUGAUUUUGUCAUCAGAAGAGAAGUUACCAAGGGUGAAAAGACUUACACUAAGGCUCCAAAGAUUCAAAGAUUAGUCACUCCUCAAAGAUUGCAAAGAAAGAGACAUCAAAGAGCUUUGAAAGUCAGAAACGCUCAAGCUCAAAGAGAAGCUGCUGCUGAAUACGCUCAAUUGUUGGCUAAGAGAUUGUCUGAAAGAAAAGCAGAAAAGGCUGAAAUCAGAAAGAGAAGAGCUUCUUCUUUGAAGGCUUAA